UUGAACCAUCUUCUUCCCAAAAGUUGGUGUUUUUCUCGUGAGAAAAUUUUCAAUUUUCUCACGGGAAAAGAAACACAAACAUAAAAAAACAAAACUUUUGUACGGUCGUAUCUGUAUUUUUUGUCCGCAUCCCUUUUCCCACCGUUUCCCUCCUGGUGACCCUUUUGGGAUCUCUCAGAAAUUUUAGGUCUUCUCCGAUAAUGAAACGGCGAUGAGUGUCGUCGUCGGAGACAGAGUAAGAAGAUGGAAAAGAUCGGAGAGUACUCUGACGCGGAGUGACUAUAAUAAGCCUCCGUGUCCAGCAAUUCCCAAAGCUCGGUUUCAAGUUUGGUUUUUUAGAGUGUGUUCUUGCAUUUUGGUCUGGACUUGCUUGAUUCAGCUCUUUUGGCAUUCCCAAAUCUUCACUGGUUUAACCAAUCAGAUUUCUAGGUUCUCUCUCCCUGUUGAGCCAGUUCGAUUACCUCUUCCAAGGAAUUAUACAAGUAAUGGAAUUUUACUAGUGUCCUGUAAUGGUGGUUUGAAUCAGAUGCGUGCAGCGAUUUGUGAUAUGGUGACUGUUGCUAGGCUAUUGAAUUUGACUCUUGUUGUUCCUGAGCUUGAUAAAAAAUCUUUCUGGGCUGAUCCAAGUGACUUUGAAGACAUUUUUGAUAUAAAGCAUUUCAUUGAUUCAUUAAGAGAUGAAGUUAGGAUCAUAAGGAGACUUCCAAAACGUUAUAGCAAGAAGUAUGGACAUAAAAUAUUCGAAAUGCAGCCUGUGAGCUGGUCCAACGACAAAUAUUACUUGGAACAGGUACUGCCGCGAUUCAGUAAACGUAAAGUUAUACAUUUUGUUAGGAGUGAUACGCGAUUGGCGAACAAUGGUCUUUCUCUUGAUCUUCAAAUGCUGAGAUGCCAAGUUAAUUUUCAAGGACUGAAAUUCACUCCCCGAAUUGAGGCUUUGGGAUCAAAGUUAGUUCGGAUUCUUCAACGAAGAGGGUCUUUUGUGGCUUUGCAUCUUAGAUAUGAGAUGGAUAUGUUGGCUUUCUCUGGUUGCACUCAUGGCUGCACCGAGGAAGAAGCUGAAGAACUCAAAAAGAUGAGGUAUGCAUAUCCAUGGUGGAGAGAGAAAGAGAUAGUCUCAGAAGAAAGGAGAGUGCAAGGGCUGUGUCCAUUGACACCCGAGGAGGUGGUUUUGGUCCUUAAAGCAUUGGGGUUUCGAAAGGAUACACAAAUAUACAUUGCAGCUGGUGAGAUUUAUGGUGGUGCAAAGAGAUUAGCUCGUCUAAAGGAAUCAUUUCCACGAAUUGUAAAGAAGGAAAUGUUAUUAGAUCCAACAGAAUUGCAACAGUUUCAGAACCAUUCGUCUCAAAUGGCAGCUUUAGAUUUCAUAGUAUCGGUAGCUAGCGACACUUUUAUUCCUACCUACUAUGGGAAUAUGGCCAAAGUUGUUGAAGGUCAUCGAAGAUAUCUCGGGUUUAAGAGAACAAUCCUUCUAGACCGGAAGAGACUUGUGGAGCUUUUGGACUUGUAUAACAACAAAACGCUCCCUUGGGAUCAGUUUGCAGUAGCUGUCAAGGAAGCUCACCAAGGACAAAGGAUGGGUGAACCAACACAUAGGAAAGUUAUCUCUGAUAGACCAAAGGAAGAAGAUUAUUUCUACGCCAAUCCUCAAGAAUGUAUUCAGUGAAAACUGAAAAUGAUAUAGAUCACUAACCACUAGAGCAGGAUAUGAUUAGUUCUCACCUCUUAGUUUUCCUUUUCUUUCUUUUUUUUAAGUCCUGUUUCGGUUUUUGUAAAGUGAGAGAUGCAAUUAAACAGAAGGUUGCGUCAUCUUUGUACCAAGAAUUGGUAUGAUAUUCAAAUCUGGAGUUAAAUUAUAACUUUGUUUUCAA